AUGCCCAUCUGGGACUUGGGCCCCCUGCCCGUGGGCCAUUCGCCACGCUUGCGCUCCGCGACGAUCUCGCAUAUUUUCUACCUGGUCGCGCGAUCUCCCUCCGGCACUCGGCGGGCGUCCGCGGCUCCUCGCUGCGCACCGCUCCGAACAGGACCGGAUACCAUUGCCGCCAUUCUCAGCGCCCACUUAUUUUUCCCUGCAUCGACAAUUCCCGUCAAUGGGUGCCCUCGCGGGCGCUGCCGUCUGAUCGGCGAUCGGCCCUCUAACCCCGGUGACCUGGCGCGCAGCAAGGAUAGCUCGAAGCUGAACAGCGGGCACGGGCACGGCCUGGCCCGCACGCCCAGCCAGGAGGCAGAUGCCGCGAUGGUGGUCAAUGUGGGCGGGGUGAAGUACACGACCACCGUGGCCACCCUCAAGGCCGUCGAGUCGUCCUACUUCUCGCUCAUGCUGAAUGGGCUGUGGGAGCCCGCGCGCACGCGGGGAGGGGACAUCUUCGUCGACAGGAACGGAGAGCUGUUCGGCUACAUCCUGGAGCACCUGCGGGGCCAGUGCCACAGGGAGCCGGACACGUUUCAGCUGCCCGACGACCUGGACACGUUGAAGGCCCUACUCAGAGAGGCGGAGUUCUAUCGCCUGCCUGCACUUGUUUCCAGACUGAACAAGAGAAAAGAGGAGAUGAUGGAUGCCAAAGACCGGAGUGAUACUGAGACAGACAUUCAUACUGGCCAUGAGAGCAUCGAUCCACUACCCCGUGUGGAGCUGGACAUUGCAUACAGCGCCAUAAGCAGUCCCCACUGCCAAUUUACAGAGGAAGGGUUACGUGACCUGACAAUGCGUGUCAACUAUCAGAUUCUGCAGAAAGGCCAGGAUGGGUUCAGAGUAAGGGACGUCAGCUCAAGGGUGCACCUCAACCCAAACGACCCGAUGAUGCCAUACAGCAUGACGUGCACAGCUGUCCUGGUUCGGGAGAAGAACCUAAUGGAGUCCAAUGGCCGCACUGCUGCUUCAGCUGCCCAUCGUGUGAGGGGUCAGUCACCAGGCCCCCUCAUUCUGCACCACCCCCAACCACAACUUGCUGUUGGGCGCCGGCCCUCCCCUGUGCAUUCCCCAAGACCAGAGCUUGGCCGAUACAGGCUUGAGGCCAGUGCGCUGGUGCACCCGGCAGAUGACAGGCUGUGGUGCCACCAGGUUGCUACCAGCCCCCCCCCUGAACCUGUGUCCGACCCUCUGCAACAAGUAACAGAGGCCAGGCUGCGACUGCAGGCACUGGUUGCUGAGCAUGCCUCCAAGGGAAGCCAGGCUUCCACCAGAGGACCAGCCGACGAUCAUGCUGCCUCCCGUCGAUCCUCGGGUGCUGUAGUGGACCACUCCUUGAACCCACCUGUUGGUGCCAUGGAUGCACCAGCUGUACCCAGCCCGCUGGUGCUGCGCUCUCGGGAGCAUUCCUCGAUCAAUGAGCCUACGAAUCAAAGCAGCUCUCCUUUGGCUGGGCUGGAGCAGGACCCCAUGAUUGGGGUCUACAGUGGUGAAGUGCGGCGGAUCAUGGGCAUCCCUCAAGCCCCCGGCUGCCAGUCAAACCCACCGCUGCUGACCGAUGCCACUGAGGUUCACGGCCCACUUGAAAGUCUGCACGCCAGCGAAAGCACAGACAUGGACCGGGACAUGGCCAUGCUGGGAGGUUGCACUGCAGAGGAGCGUAUUGUGCAGGAGGCGGGGGUGCAAGGGGAGGUGCCAGUGGCAGAGAACGAUGUGUGCACAGGCCUAGCGAGCCAUGCAUGUGAGGACAUUGUUUGUGGCGACGGGCCUGAAUCAGUCAGCAGCUGCUCUGAGAGUGGCCCUGACCAGGGCAGUGCUCCAGAGACAAUGGCUAUAGGAGAAGCAGCUUGCCAGAUGGAUGCUGGUGAGCCUGUUUGUCCUGAGAGUGGCUGUGACCAGGACAGCGCCCCACAGGUGAAGGCUGUGGGAGAAAUAGCAUGCAAGAUAGAUGCUGGUGGCCUGGUUUGCUCUGAGAGCGGUGGUGACCAGCACAUUGCUCCAGAGGCGAUCGUGGUAGGAGGAAUGGCAGGCCUGAUAGAUGCUGGUGAGUCUGUGGUGCAUGCAGCCCCAGCUGGCCAAGCCGAUUCAGCAGGUCCAGAGAGUCCGAUCAGAAGUGAUGGUGUACAUGAACCGCCUGCCACAACUAUUGCUGAUUUCUCUUAUAAUGCUGGUGAACUGGAGGAGGUUCUGCACGACUCUCAGCCAAGCCUGCAUGUGGGGGCACUGCAGCCCCCGGUUUGCGAACAGCCCUUGGAUGAUCGUGCCAGUGUCCAGCAAAGUGACAACAACGAGAGCACAGAGGCCGACAGUGGUGUGGCGAGCGAUGGGCAGAACUCAGGACAAUGCAGUGGUGGCAUUGAUGAUAGCUUGCUGAAUGCCAGUAUGGGCCUCACCACCGGGGCUUGUAUUGAAUGUGAAGGCAAUGAUGUCAAAGCCAUCGGCCGCGUGGACGCGAAUGAGGCUUUCUGCAGUGCAGGGGCAGAAAAAUUAGAUGACACAGUGAAAUUGGGGGACAUAGCAGGGGAGCCGGUUGAUGGUAGACAAGAUGCAACCGAUGCACUCCAGAAUGGACCAUCCGACGUUGAUUGCGCAGGGGAGAAUGGUGCUGUGGAUUCGUACGUUGAUGAUGCGGUUGAGAACAGGGAGAUCACUACAGAAGUGCCAACUGGCACCACAGAGGGAGCUGAGGAUGUGCCCCAGACUGUGGCUUGUUGGGAUGGUACGGGUGCAAGAGACAGUGGGCAUGAUGUUAACAAUUCUGAAUGGCAAUUGCAGCGGGAGGAACCUGACUUGGUGGGCGAGGCCAUCAUCCAUCAACCUCCCACCCCAGAUCGUGAGGCAAGAAAGCGACAAGUUCAAGCACGUGACGUGGAUGCACCAGGGGAUGCACCAGCAGAUGUAUCCUCUCCCCAAUUCUCAGGUGCACCACCAGAGGGUGACCCAGGUGCGCUUGGCCUUCCCAACGCCCACCCAGCUGAGGAGAAAGCUGGCAGCCAAGGGAGUUCAGGGGUUGAUGGCAGACCAGGAGCUGUGCCUGGUUCAUAUGCGAGUGCUUCCUCAGACCCCACCUCUUUGGGGGAUUUCCCAAAGGGGUCCCUUGCACCGCCCAUGCGAGCAAACGCCAGCAUUGCAAAGAUACCUGGCCCAUCCAGGGGCCUCCCUCCGCCGUCAAAGUUCAGCCGAUACCAGAGUGCACGUCAGGAGGGGGCUGUGAGUGGUGAUCAGCCUGGCGCUGGACCAAGGCCUGCCCCACUCUUUGCCGUGCCCCACAGGUCGGCCACCUCGCCCCCCCUGCUGCAGGACAGGAUUGCCAGCAGUGCGAAAGCUCGCUCACGCAUCCCCAACCUCAACUUGGCUCCCAUGACUGCGGCGGCAGGCAGGGAGAGGGCGCACAUGGUGGGACGCAGGCCGGUUUUGGGUGAAGAACAGGGCCAGGGGGUGGCCAAGGGGGGGCUGCAGAAAGGCCCAGGCGCUCCUGCCAAGCGGUCUGGACUUGUGAGGCCAGGCGCAGCUGCAUCGGGCCUCACCAGGCACGCUCCUGGCACAGCCGCGCAGCGCCUCGGUGUCCGUGGUCACCGCCCAUCGGGUUCACAAACUACGGGACAGCGGUGA